AUGGCCGCUAGAGCUGCCUCUGCCUCUGCUUCCGACAGCCAAGACGAUGGGCAUGCCGCAUCGUCUAAGAAAAGAAAAGAUGAACCCGAAGAGGAGGACGAAGGGGAGGACGAGGAAGAAGAAGAAUAUGAGAUUGAAAAAAUCGUUCAGGCGAAGCGCGGAGUGUUUCCAGACGGACGGAUGGGCUAUUUGGUCAAAUGGAGAGGAUAUGCUGACGAGCACAACUCGUGGGUUGACGAAACUGAUGCCGCCAAUGCACAAGACUUAAUCGACGCCUUCUGGAAGAAGAACGAGAAAAAGAGCGCGUCGUCCAAGACCUCUGGACGUAAGCCUCGGAAUGCGACUGAGGGCCUCGAGGAGGAGAGCGCCUCUGCGCCGCCGAAGAAACGCGGCAGGAAAUCUCAGUCUGAACGCGACGCGAUUGACGAAGAUGAUAAUGCGAGGACGGCCAAGAAGUCGCGCAAGUCUGGUACCACAAAAAAGCAGUCUCAGGCUCCUCCCGAUUCCGAGGAUAUCAUCAUGGAAGACGGAUCGCCCAUUGGUGAUAUGUCCCAGUAUGAAUCCCUGGAUAGCUGGGAGCAUCUUAUAGGCACAGUUACGACCGUCGAGCAGGAUCAGGCUGAUAAGCUGUUAUGGGUUUACUUUUCAUUGCGAUCUAAUGGAGACCGCGUGAGAGCUCAGUCCACAGUUUGCCGAGAGAAAUUUCCUCAGAAGCUCCUGGAUUUCUAUGAGCAGCAUCUCAAAUGGACUGAGGCAGAGGCAGAUGUGAACUAGCCCAGACCUUGUGUUGCCGUCCCCACCACCCAUCGGCCUCUUUCGUCUUGUAAUCUCCGAUUUUCGUCCGACCUGUUUUACCUUCUUUUUCUUGAUAGUCUAUGUGUAUACAGUCUGCGACCAACAUAUUUCCUUACCAUCUCAAUGUGAAUGCAAGGUAGUCCUGAAUAGGCAGAAGGUUUUGAUGAUGGAAUGAUGAUGUUCGUGAUCUAGUUGAUAUCUUUCCAAUGGAGGUGGUGUAUGAUGCUAGUCGACCCCCGUC